UACGGUCAGGUGGGAUUCCCAAGCAAAUCCCCUCACCGGAAAUGACGCAAUGUUAUUAUUAUUCCAGGAAGUGAGCACGGGAAAGCACUGAACUGCGUCAACAAUUGUUUUUUAUGAUACAUUCGAAUUUCAGCUGCUGUUCAACAUGGCAAUUGGCCACCGCUGAGUAAUUGAUGGCACUGUUCCUGGACGGGACUUUAUUAGACAACAACAUGGACACAUCAAACUUUGCCCACGUCAUCUUCCAGAAUGUGGGGAAGAGUUACCUGCCCCACGCUGCGCUGGAGUGUCACUACACCCUGACGCAGUUCAUCAAACCACAUCCAAAGGACUGGGUUGGCAUAUUCAAGGUUGGUUGGAGCACAGCGAGGGACUAUUACACAUUCUUGUGGUCACCUCUCCCUGAGAACUAUGUGGAAGGCACCGCAGUCCACAGAACAGUGGUUUUUCAGGGAUAUUAUGUGCCCAAUGACGAUGGCGAGUUCUACCAGUUCUGUUAUGUGACCCACAAAGGGGAGAUCCGGGGAGCCAGCACGCCUUUCCAGUUUCGUGCCAACAGCCCCUCAGAGGAUGAGCUACUUACUGUGGAGGAUGAAUGUAACUCUGACAUCUUGGUGGUCACCACCAAGGCUGGCUUCCUUGAGCAAAAGAUGGAAGAAGCCCAGAGAGAGAAGGACGAGCUGGUUAAAAACAUGGCACUCCUGCAACAGGAGAAGGAGCAGCUGGAAGCGGAGAAGGAGAGCCUGCAGAAGGAGUGUGAGCAGGAGAAAGAAACCUGUGCCCAGCUGAGAAGAGAGAACCAAGAGGUGCAGAAUUCCUCCCAGGCCCUGCAAGAGGAGAAGGAGGAGGUAAAGAGGAGGCUAGAGGAGGCCACAUCCAGAGUCAUACAGUUGGAGGAGGACCUGAUUGGAGUCACCCAAAAGGGCCUACAAAAGGAAACUGAGCUGGACAGUCUCAAGGAUAGGGUGAAGAAGCUUACAACAGAGAAGGAGGCACUUGAAUCUCAUCUCAAGAAUGAGAAAGAUGAGAAGGAACUGUACAAGAUUCACCUGAAAAACCGUGAGCUGGAGAACACUAAGCUGAGUGCAGAGCUGCAGAUGCUGAAGUCUGUGGAUGUGAACAAGGAAAACACCAUUGCCCAGUUUAAAGAGGAGGUGGGACGCCUGCAGGCAUGCCUCACUGAGAAGGAGAAACAGUACAGAGAGAUCCUGGCCAAAGUUCCCCCCGUGGGAGAUAUGAAGGCCCUGAAAGAGCAAUUGCGGCAGAAGGAGGAGCAGCUCCAGGCCAACCAGCAGCAGUCCUCCUUGUUAGCCGCUGAGUUGAGGGAUGCCUCUAGCACUCGCGACCGUACCAUGUCUGAACUCUACCACAUGAAGCUGGAGGCCGAUGCCCUUCGUCAGGCCAAGGCUGAAGCUCAGGCCCAGUGUGUCCGCCUGGAGCGCCUGGUAGAGCAGAUGAAGGCAGAGGCCAAGCAGGAAGCUACCAAAGCAGAAGAAGAAACUGCAGACCCAGCUGUUGUAGCAGAGCUGCAGAGAGAGGUGGAGGACCUGAAGCUGCGGCUGCACAUGGCUGCAGAACACUACAAGGAGAAAUACAAGGAAUGUCAGCGACUGCAAAAACAAGUGCUUAGACUCUCUGAACAGCAAGGGGAACUGAAGAGAAGCUCAGCACAAGAGGCCACAAUAAUUCCUGCAUCAAUGAGUCCAGACACGUCAGUGCCAGGGAGUCCAGGUUCUGCUGACCCAAUGCUGGAAGCCAUCAUCCAGGAGAAGCUCAAAGGCAUCAGCAGAGAGGCAUCUGACAGGAAUGACAAAUACAGGAAAUGCAAGCAGAUGCUGGUGGAGGAGAAGGAUCGUAGCUCCAUGUUUGCUGACGAGUUGGCCAAGAUGGAAGUUAAAUUUAAGGAACAACUGAAGACCAACGAGAACCUGAAAUUGCAGUUGGCAGCAGAGGAAGAUCGCUACAAGAGCCAGGUAGCUGAGAAGGGACGGGAGCUGAAAGAACUAAAGGACACACUAGCACUUGUUGUUAAGGAGAAGGAAAAACUGGAGGGGGAGUUCCAGAAGGCCAGCAGCAGCAGGAAGGGAGAUCAGGGGGGCAGUGAGAAAACUAGUUUGGAGAGUAACCAGUCCAGUGUGCCUAUAUUCCUGCAGUAUCCAGUCCCAUACGCCCAGGAUGCCCCCACCCCCCUGCUGGUCUCUCAGAGCCCCAGCAAGCUGCAUUUUGGGAACCCUUACUCCAUCUCAGACUCAAAAGAUGAGGGAGAUGAGGAGUUCUCAGAUGACCAGCUGCUUAGGCUGCCUCCUGUGGGUCCACCUUCCUGGGACAGUAAUGUGGUGUGUAUCCAACCCACCCGCAACCACAGCCGACCAGAAGGCCACGAGGAGUCAGAGGAAAAGCAAAACAACAACAAUGGUAAUACCAACGAACAACCCACAGCAACUGAAACCCACAGCCCAUUUGUGAACGAUGGACAAACUGCCUUCUGCUUUGAUCCCAGCAUGGACAUGAAGCGAUGUCCGCUGUGCGAGGUCAUCUUCCCGCCCAACUAUGACCAGAGCAAGUUUGAGGAGCACGUGGAGAGCCACUGGAAAAUCUGCCCCAUGUGCAGCGAGCAGUUCCCGCUGGACUGCGACCAGAAGGUGUUUGAGAAUCAUGUGCUCACUCACUUUGACGGCCACCCGCUCAACUUCGACUAG